CCACACAGUUUGGUAGCACUGACAAAGUAUUUGCACGCAAAGAUUAUUUGUGUUAUUUUAAUUGUGAUUGAAUCUUGAAGAAAGUCAUGGCAGAAAUUGAAAAAGAAGAGAAGACCAUUGCCGAAGAUUUGGUUGUUACCAAAUACAAAUUGGCGGGCGAAAUUGUGAACAGAACAUUAAAAACUGUCAUUGAUCUCUGUGUGGCCGAUGCUUCUGUAAGAGAUAUUUGCACAAAGUCUGAUAAUCUUCUAACAGAAGAAACAAACAAGGUCUACAAAAAAGAAAAGGAUCUGAAAAAAGGUAUUGCAUUCCCCACCUGCCUCUCUGUCAAUAAUUGUGUUUGCCACUUUUCUCCGUCCAAGAAUGAUCCCGAUUAUGUAUUGAAGGAUGGCGAUGUUGUCAAAAUUGAUUUGGGUGCCCACAUUGAUGGCUUCAUUGCUGUUGCAGCACAUACGGUCAUUGUUGGAGCCUCGGCUGACAAGAAAGUUACUGGACGUAAAGCUGAUGUGACUUUGGCUGCUUACUGGGCUGUCCAAGCUGCCUUAAGGCUUCUUAAAUCUGGAAACAAUAACUAUGCCAUUACCGAAGCCGUACAACAAAUCAGCGAAUCGUACAAGUGCAAACCCAUUGAGGGUAUGCUCAGUCACGAAUUGAAACAAUUCAAAAUCGAUGGCGAAAAGACUAUCAUUCAAAAUCCAAGCGAGGCUCAACGCAAGGAACAUGAAAAGUGCACUUUUGAAACCCACGAAGUCUAUGCCAUCGAUGUUAUUGUUAGCACGGGCGAGGGUAUUGGCCGGGAAAAGGAUACUAAAGUGUCAAUUUACAAGAAGACCGAUGAAAACUACAUGCUUAAAUUGAAAACAUCUCGUGCUCUUUUGGCUGAGGUUAAAACAAAAUACGGAAACAUGCCCUUCAAUAUUCGCAGUUUCGAGGAGGAAACCAAGGCGCGCAUGGGUGUUGUGGAAUGCAUGUCCCACAAAAUGAUUGAACCCUUCCAAGUCUUGUACGAAAAGCCAAGUGAAUAUGUGGCCCAAUUCAAACACACAGUUUUAUUGAUGCCCAACGGUGUUAAUUUGGUCACUGGACUCCCCUUCGCCACAGAGAACUUUGUCAGUGAGCAUAGCAUAGCGCAAGCUGAACUUAAGGAACUUGUUGCCACUCCAUUGCAACCCACUAAAAAGGGCAAAGGCCAUGCCAAGAAAAAAGCUGCCACUGCUGGAACAGAUGCUGCCACUCCCGCACCAGCUGCUGUGGAGACCAAGGCCUAAACAGAUUUUAAAACUAUCCGUAUUACUGCCUUUUGCAAUGUGAACUUUUAAAGAACAUCAAUCAACUGCAAGAAAAAUAGCAACAACACAAAUUAACUCCCAUAGAUAAAAGAAAAACAUCCAACAAGCAAUAAAUUUAUUCACAAUGUGGGAGUAAUAAAAGGAACUACUUCCCAUGCAAAUUGGGAGUAGUUCCAACAAAAUAUCUAUGCUCUCGUUCUACAGCGCCAGCCCCCCUCUAAGAAGAGAAUGUUUCUUUUAUUGUAUCACAUCAUAAAGGUUACAAUAUCAUCAUUCACAUAUGAAUAGCAGAGAUCUAAAGUUUGUUACUACUUUACCUAUACCACAUAAUUGAGUCAAUCAAUUUGAAUAUCUACUCUACCCCCCUCAAAUUCCCCCCACACAAAAUUAUGUAUUUUACCAUUUUUUUUUAUUACUACUAUUAUUAUAAAAUUCGAAAGAUAUUUUAUAAUUUUUAUAUUUUUAUUCAGUAAAUAGAAUUAAAUUCAUUACGCGGACAAUGAAAUCGAAAUAAGAACAAAAGAAUAUAGGAAACCAACCAACACAUGCACACACUUAUGCCUGCUUGUGUGCGCGUGUGUGUUUACAGAGGAUAGUCUCACAUAUCUCACGAGUAGAUAUGGUGGGACGAGAGAUAAUUUUCAAAAAAUUGUCUAUAAAUUGAGUUUGAAUUCGUUUUUUUCCAAAAUUAUUGAAAAUAAUUAAAAAAGAGAAACGCUAAACUAAAUAAAAAGAAAAAUUCUUUAAAACAACAAGAGAAGAAACCCUGGAAAA